UUCAUAAUCGACGGAAUGUCCGAAACUUGUAGCGGAUUCACACCGAGACGACAGCAUGUGCCUUCAUUGCCCUGCUUCAGAAAAAUCAAAACACAAAACGGACGGAUAACGGUAAGAACAAAUCCCCGUGCCUCCUCCCUCCCUCCCUCCCUCCCUCAUCCCUUUCCCACCCUUGUGAAUCCCUAACCUCUCCGAUCCACCGAAGCCCUAAUCAUGGCCAAAACUAUAUUCUCCUAUUCCUUCUCUUUCCUCCCUCGCCCCUACCUCCCCUCCCCUCCCCUCCCCCGCCAUGGCCGUCCCGUGCUCCCCCUCGACAGGCCUCGGCGGCUAGACACCAGCGUCGAGCUGAGCUUCCAGGAGAUUCCGCCUCCCGACGGCCUCGAUUCCUUCGUCGAUUUCCCUGGGAUUGUUUCCCGAGUGGAGGGUCUCCUGUAAAUGCUCGCCGAUGCGGCCGUGGCUGCUGAUCCUUCUUCCACGGGAGCUGAUGCUACCAAGACGGCUCAGAAGAACGGGGUAUGGUUCGGGUUCAUCUCGGACGCCAUGGAAGUAGUUCUUAAGGUGCUAAAAGAUGGCCUUACAGCAGUACAUGUGCCAUAUGCUUUUGGUUUUGCAAUCAUCUUGCUCACUGUUAUUGUUAAGGUGGCAACAUUUCCAUUGACAAAGAAACAUGUGAAUAAUCAUACUGCUAUACAAAAAAUUCAGCCAAAGAUCAAGGCAAUACAGGAGAGAUAUGCAGGCAAUCAGGAAAGAAUACAACCAGAGACAGGCCAUUUAGAUAGGCAAGCUGGGGUGAAUCCAUUGCCAGUCUGAUGGAAGGGUUGCUGGACUUGGGGGACUCGGUUUCGCUGGUUUACAAGCUUAAGCCCAUAAGCAUGGCCACGAGAUGGUCCAGAACCUCCUCUGAACAUGGAAUUCCAAGCAACAGCGGGCAAAUUUAGUGGUCCCAAAAGCCAAAGGUACGACUAAAUUCUCUGCAUCUUUUACCAUGGACGCCUAUUCUUGUUUGAGAUCAGGAUUCGAUGUGAAGACUCCUUAUAUGUCAAACUAUGUUUAUUAAAGAUGUCCAUGAAAAUGCAUGUGGAGAGGAAGAUUGACAUAAAAUAUUCAAUUAUGUCUAACAUGAAAUAAAAUAUAGUUCCAAGGGUCAUCCAGUUUGAAAAACCAGAGUGAUAGCUUUUAUAUCUUAAUUCUAUAUAAAAAAAUAAGACCGUGCAAUUUUGGUAGGAAGAUAUGAUGAAGCUCUGUACUACAUGUGAAAGGCAAUCUUGAAAUUCUUGCUUUAAAUAUUGAUUUAUUUUGUGUAAAAAUUAAUAAUCUAACUAAGAUAGAUUUUCAUUUAGUUGGAAUGAUUAAAUAUAACCCUUUUUAUUCAACAAAGGCAGGCAGACAUUAAAAAGUACAUCUUAUGAAUGGAAAUGAAGAAACAUGAUUUCCCAAGUUAACAACCUCAAAUAUUGGACCUUUCAUGACAAAGUAACACACCCUUAAUUCUUGAAAAAGAACAUGGCCUGCGUUUUAAUGCAAGAAGCUAACUGAUGGUGCAUAAAAUCUAAAAACCAAUCUCAUGAAUAGAAAAAACAUAUAAGUUAGUGCCACAAAAUUAUAGUUAAAAUUACAUGUCAUAAGAAUUUGUUUGAGAAUGCGCUGCAGCCAUCUUAUUGGAAUAGCUUAAGGUUCGAAGCUAACAAUUGCAAAGCUAUAAAUUUAGAAUGGUAGCUUUUUGAUUGCUGUCAUCAUCUUCUGCAUCUUCUCAACCCAAGAGAACUGAGCUGCUAAGUUUUGUCCUACCAAAGACAGAGCUAGCUGCCCAGAUUUCGGCACUGCUGAGAGGGAUAAUGACUCCUUGUCCUCGUUAAGAAACACGAACAACCUAAUAUUUACUGACUCUUUUUUUGAAUACCCCCUAACUCCUUCGCAAUUAAACAUAAAGAAGCUCUUUCAAUUUUAAACACACAGUUUAACUAUCAGAAUAAUUUCACCCAUCCACAGGAGAAAGCCUCUAGACCUACUUACUUGGACUUAAAGCUCAAUAUUACUAUUUCAAGUAUUUAUUAGAUGGGUUUAAAUUGUUCUACGUUGGACCAAGGUCAAUUACAAUUCUCAACUUAAUUUUGCAUGCAGCUAACACAUAGUAUGCUUGAAUGAUGUAUGCAAACAAAUAUUGGUAUGUGAAAUCCAACUGUUUAAAGGAUCAACAUAUUACAUCAAUUUGAAAUUGGUACCAUAUCACCUUGAUCUAUAACAUAAAAGACUUUUUUUACUGCUAACUUGACUUUUAAGCCAAUUGAUGCUGGAUUUGGGGAUUCCUGCUCCUGCUGUGACUAAUUUUUUGUGCUGCAAGCAAAUGUAGUGAUUAGAAUAAUAUGAAUAUGCUCAUAUAAAUACCUAUUC